AUCUGCUCUGUUCAAAGCUGCACCAUUGAGCCAAGCUUCAGAACACCCAAGUGGGGUAUUUUAUAGAUGGAAAAAAGAGAAGGAAACAAAAUUAAGCAGCCACAAUGUCGAGCAAAAAGGCAAAGACCAAGACCACCAAGAAGCGCCCCCAGCGCGCAACAUCCAAUGUGUUUGCCAUGUUUGACCAGUCACAGAUUCAGGAGUUUAAAGAGGCCUUCAACAUGAUUGAUCAGAACAGAGACGGUUUCAUUGACAAGGAAGAUUUGCAUGAUAUGCUUGCUUCUCUAGGGAAGAAUCCAACCGAUGCAUACCUUGAUGCCAUGAUGAAUGAGGCUCCAGGGCCCAUAAAUUUCACCAUGUUCCUCACAAUGUUUGGUGAGAAGUUAAAUGGUACAGAUCCAGAAGAUGUCAUCAGAAAUGCUUUUGCUUGCUUUGAUGAAGAAGCAACUGGCACCAUUCAGGAAGAUUACCUGAGAGAGCUGCUGACAACAAUGGGAGACCGGUUUACAGAUGAGGAAGUGGAUGAGCUGUACAGAGAAGCGCCUAUUGACAAAAAGGGAAAUUUCAAUUACAUUGAGUUCACACGCAUCCUUAAACAUGGAGCUAAAGAUAAAGAUGACUGAGAGAACUUUAGCUAACACCUUCUAAUUACUUUGUCUUACUCUGUUUUAUUUCCUCGACACUUUCCCCCAUUCUCACAGACCUGUUGCAUGCAACUUAGUUUCACAGCUUUGCCUCUUUUUUUUUUAUGUAUUUAUUCUAGACUUUUCUGCCACUUAGCACUUGUAUAAUCAGACUGCAGAUGGGGAUAAGAUUGUAAAUUGUGUUGAAAAAGAGUUUGCAAAUAAAAAUCAACCAAUGUGAAAGCCCAGGAAAAUA